GGUAUGGGGCAGAUUGCUCUCUCCGAAAAUGUCCUGGGACGGUGUGCUAUGCCGAUUCCUCCACGAAGGAGCAGUUCUGCUUGGAGUGCUCCUCCCACGGCAGAUGCAUCAACAGCCGGUGCUUGUGCGAUCCGGGGUGGUCAUACUCAGACUGCUCCGUGCCGCUGUGUGAAGACAACUGUUCCUCAACACCCUUGAUGCAACGCGGAGUGUGUGUGGAGGAUUUUCCGGUGCAUCAAUGUCAUUGCUUUGGCCGCUACAGUGGGUACACCUGCAAUGAGCUCCUUUGCCUGAACGCCUGUUCUGGGCGCGGCGUUUGCGUGAAUGGCAUGUGUCAGUGUGAGCUUGGGUUCCAUGGUGAUGAUUGCUCCAUCUUCAUGAUCGAGUUCGAAAAUCAGAACUUCGGCGAGUUCGUUGAUCCUACUGCAACCGAUGCGACGGCCGCGACAACAGCAGCAACCGUAUGAUAAGUGACGAGCGGCAGCCCGUCAUUUGCUAAUGCCUCAGGUGCUGUGCCGCAAUGGCAAUGGCACGCCCUGUUCAACCAAUGGUGCUUUGUGCUUUCUUGGGUUUGAUUUAUGUAGAUUACCAGUAACGUCACCGCAAAAUGUGGUGAUUGUGCAAAGAGCUUCGCAUGGGAACCUUGCAGCUAAGACUCAGUAAGGGUCAUGAGUCAUGUCGUUUUCUUUUGGAGCAGCUGCAAGAUUUCCAUUUGGGAGCAGUGGCCG